GUGCGGGGGGGGAGGCUGUGGACUCGGUGCGGGACGGAGCCGCGUGUGUGAGGAGGGCUCACAGCCCCUUCCCCCUGCCCAGGACACCCGGCAGGCAUGGUGGGCUACGACCCCGAGGCCAAGUGCGUGUCCACGGUGGAAGCGGCCGCAGCAGGGUCGGCGUCCGGCUUGGUCACUCGGGUCCUGAUCAGCCCCUUGGAUGUCCUCAAGAUCCGCUUUCAGCUCCAGAUCGAGCAGCUCUCCUCCAGAAACCCCACGGCCAAGUACCACGGCAUCCUGCAAGCUGUGCAGCGCAUCUUCCGGGAGGAGGGCCUGGGAGCCUUCUGGAAGGGCCAUGUUCCCGCUCAGUUCCUCUCAGUUGGCUACGGAGCUGUUCAGUUCAUGGCGUUUGAGAGCCUGACAGAGCUGGUGCACAACGUCACCUCGUACAGCGCCCGCGGCUCCUUCGUGCACCUGGUCUGCGGGGGCCUGGCUGCCUGCACAGCCACCGUGGCAGUGCAGCCCGUGGACACCCUGCGCACCCGCUUCGCUGCUCAGGGAGAGCCCAAGAUCUAUCCCAACCUUCGCCAUGCAAUAGUGACCAUGUACCAGACGGAAGGGCCUCGGACUUUCUACAGAGGUUUGACCCCCACACUCAUUGCUAUCUUCCCAUAUGCUGGUCUCCAGUUCUUCUUCUACAACAUCCUGCAGCAGUUUUCGGAAUGGGCGAUUCCAGCUGAAGGAAAGAAAGGAGGCAACAUUAAAAACCUUGUCUGUGGCAGCUGUGCUGGGAUCAUCAGCAAAACCCUCACGUACCCUUUGGACGUGGUCAAGAAGCGACUGCAAGUGGGUGGCUUUGAGCACGGUCGGGCAGCCUUUGGGCAGAUUCCUUGGAUCUGAGAAAGAAAUCAGUCUGUACCCUAAGAAACUCUGGGAUAAGAAUUUGAAGUCUUAACUGAUUGCAUUGGAUGCUUUUCCUCUUCCUGCAAAGUACAGAAUUUGUUCUUAGCACUGAUGUGUCACAGGAUGUUAAAACUGCACAGUAUGACACAAUGACAUGCAGACAGCUAAUUUGGAAACUUUGAAGUCCUGUAGAUGUGUUUUCUUUCUGUCAAAAAACUCAUAAGUUGUCCCUUCUUAAAGAGUGACGGGGAUGGAAAACAGUAGCAGCACAAUCUAAAAUAAUCUGAAAUAAACUUCACAAACUUGUAAACUUGUGCCAUAAAAUUAAAGUCAUGCUGUUGUUGCACAGAAAUGUUACAGUUAGAAUGAUCUGCAUAAGCCAUUGCUGGUGCUAAAUGUGUACUUUUCCUCCAUCCUGCUCUCUCUGAACUGCCUCUCUGAAACUUUCACGUAGUUAUAAUAGUAGCCAGAAAAGCAUUUCCAGGCUGCAUGUUGAGAUUAUGCUUCUGUGCUAUAGUUUGGAGAUCUUUGUGCUGUUUUCCAGUCGUCCUGGAGUUCUCUUGUUUAAUCUUGUUGCCGUUU